UUAACCAAACGUGAAAACUUGACCGUGCUUUGUGUCCUACAAUAUCGCGUCAGUUUGGGUUGUUAUUGUGACGGAAUGAGGAAUGCAGAAUGGACUAGGACGCGUCCACCGUCAUCAUCAUCAUCCUCACCACCACCACCAUCAUCUUCAUCACCAGCGUCUCUCCUACUGUUGUGUUUUUUUGUGUGUUAAGACAAUGUUUUGAUAUCUUCUUGUGCAACAUGACCGGGCGGCUCAGACGUCAGGUUUCUACAACACCGCACUACUUUAAGUGCUGGCUAAGUGCAUGGGAGAUGAGCUGAAUCCUCAACACACGCAGGCGAAAAAGGGAUUUGUUCCAACUUUGUCUUCGCUUUCUGGCACCACGAGAGAGGUUACGAUGUCACUGAAAGCUAUAGCACUUUACACUUUCCAGAGUGAAAACAAAGAGGAGAUCAGCAUACAGGAAAAUGAAGAGCUGGUGAUUUUUGACGAGAACUCUGUAGACGGUUGGAUACAGGGUGAAAACAGCCGUGGGGAGAAAGGCCUCUUCCCUGCCUCGUACGUAGAGAUAAUUCGGCCACGUUCCAACUCGAACCUGACUGACUACUCUCUAAGCCCUGCAGGCUCCCCCGGCAAAGAGGCCUUCUUCACCCCGAGUACCAACACCACUUAUUACGAUGACGACUACGACGACUGGGACGACUGGGAUGACAACUCCACGGUGGUCGAGGAUGAAGACCCUCGUCGGGCGGUGGGUGCCAAUGGUCACGCACAGCAGAGCCAGUACCCCAACCCUAACGUGCAAUACCGUUCCAGGCCACACAUGGAGCGUCAGGACAGCAUCUCCAGUUCCAGGAAAGGCAGCAUGGUAGGGCGCAACCUCAAUCGCUUUUCCAGUUUUGUGCGCUCCGGUGUCGAAGCGUUUGUGCUCGGUGAUGUGCCUAUGAUGGCAAAGAUAGCUGAGUCAUACGGCAUCGAGAUGGGCCCACUUGGGCCUCAUUGGAAGGAGAGCCCUCAGCCUUUCAGCUGCUCCAUUGAAGAUCCCACUAAACAGACCAAGUUCAAGGGCAUUAAGACUUACAUUUCCUACAGAGUCACCCCCAGCCACACUGGCAGGCCCGUGUAUCGGCGCUAUAAGCACUUUGACUGGCUGUACAAUCGCCUGUUGCACAAAUUUACUGUCAUUUCUGUACCCCACCUCCCUGAGAAACAAGCCACUGGUCGCUUUGAGGAAGACUUCAUUGAAAAAAGAAAGCGGCGGCUCAUCCUGUGGAUGGAUCACAUGACCAGUCACCCGGUUCUGUCCCAGUACGAGGGCUUCGAACACUUCCUCAUGUGUGUGGAUGACAAGCAGUGGAAACUGGGAAAGCGUCGCGCUGAGAAGGACGAGUUGGUCGGAGCUCACUUUAUGCUCACUCUCCACAUCCCUAAAGAGCAUCAAGACCUGCAAGACGUCGAGGAGCGCAUCGAUACCUUCAAGGCCUUCGCCAAGAAAAUGGACGACAGCGUCAUGCAGCUGACGCACGUUGCGUCUGAACUUGUUCGCAAGCAUAUCGGAGGCUUUCGAAAGGAGUUUCAGCGUCUGGGUAAUGCGUUCCAGUCCAUCAGCCAGUCGUUCAUGCUGGACCCUCCGAACAGCUGCGAUGCCCUGAACAACGCCAUCUCACACACUGGUCGGACGUACGAGAACAUCGGGGAGAUGUUUGCAGAGCAGCCCAAAUAUGACCUGUUCCACAUGCUGGAUAAGCUCUCGCUGUACCAGGGCUUGCUGUCCAACUUUCCAGAUAUCAUUCAUUUACAGAAAGACCAGGGAGGCUGUGUUGUGUCAACCGAGAACAGGAGAACGUAGGGUUUGGAGACAAAUCCAGAACUCUAAAAUGAUAUCUUGAGAUAUGCGAGCAGUGGGGUCAAAUCUCUUUAAUUCACACUUCUGCAUUACAAAAGCAAUAACUAAUGUUUGAGAACUUCUCCAAACGUCUUGAGGUUUAAACCUUUUAAAUCAUCGACUGUUUGUUUUUGAGGCAGUUUCAGUUCUGGAGUGUCUCGAGCUUCACUUAUCAGUCUCUCAUACAUAACAGCUGUUCUCCCCCACCUUCUGCAAGAUACUGUAAAAUGUAAAAAAAAAAAAAGAAAGAAAAAAGCGCACAGCGUUUGCCAGAUCUUCGGCAAGUUAGUGCUUGCACAGCAAACAUUUAACAAGCAGCAGUCAUGCACUUUGAGCAGUUCUACAUAGUGAGGUCUGAGGGAACGCUAUAGAGACUCAGAGGGGUUACAUAUGGUACAUAUGUUGUUGUUUUUUUGCUCUUUAAUAAUACUAAGCUUGUUUAAAGAAAACCCACACAUUUAAGGGGGUUGAUUCCAUUCCACUGAUGAUUGAAUAAAUAUUUGUCAUUUUUGAUCUAAAUUUGGAUCUAAAUUCUAAUCUGAAAUCUUUAAUCACAUACGUGAGUAGAAUUAUGCUGUUUGAUUCUUAUACAGGAAGUUUACUUCGAUAACCCUUUGCCCUACUUUCACAUGUGCUUCCAGUAGCACUUAAUCGCUCUCAGGAGCGUAGAAAAAGACGGGAAUGCUGCCUAAGGAAAUUCUUAUCCGGUCCUACAAAGGUCGGAAUUCUGAGCACCGUGGCUACCGUGAGAAGCACCAAAUAUCUGGUGUCUCAUGUGGCACAAAGCAGGCUGUAUGAACCCUGUGAUCAUCCCACUGUAACUGAUGGGGAAAAAAAAAAUUGCAUCUAAAUCGUUAUCAGGUGCUUCUUACCCGUUUACCAUCUUUUAAAUAGACAGGUUCCGCUGUAGGUGAAUUACUGGAAUCCCAGCGCAAAGCCCAGAGGGUGCGGCAUGGGUCACAUAUGGGAUCGAUUGGGGAAAAAAACAAAUAGAGCAGGGGAAGAAUGAGGUGGACUGUACAACACAAAACAGAAACGUUCACGAUACAGUUUACAACUCGCUUUCACAUCAUCGUAUCCAGGUUCGACUAUUAUUUCUUUCCGCACUGUUGACUUUGAUUGGAUUGUCUCCAUACUACACUGAUCGCCGCCUCAUUUCAGCAACAUCGUCACCAUCCAACAGCAAGCUGCGCAUUUUUUUUCGGUUGCUUAGGGACCAGCCUUGCUAAGCUAAACCUAAGAAAUCCACCUGCUGGUGUUAAGUUUCUGUUCAAGGCGGCAUGGAGACAAUAGCCCUGAUCCCCUGCUGCAUCUAUAGUGUCUGGUGCUGGAGCUCAGAAACCUGAGCAUCCGUUUAACUCGGAUGAAAACACUCUGACAAUGUAGUGAGUGAGCAAUGAAGACUAAUGAGUGAAGCAAGCUUAAUAAUUGAAGGGAAAUAUAUGCAUAAUUUAAAGAAAACAAAAAUUAUAUAUAUUCUGAUUAUAACUGGCCGGGUCAUAAAAUGGAGAAUAAAAAAAUAGAAUAAAAAUAGUUCUAAUCAAAAUAGAAUAAGAAAUAUGUAUACAAACAAAAGGAAAAAAUAUAUAGGAAUAUUAAAAAUAUAUGUUUUGUGGCAGAGCAGUAGUAUUGUCGAUUAAUAUAAGGAUGUGUGCAAUCGGAUGCAGAUAGUGCAGUGUGCCUACUCAAGGGGAAAUCGUAUACAGAGUGCUCAAUGUCAGGUUUCCAUUUUUCAUGUAUAACAAUUUACUUCUUCUAAUCAACACAUGGCUAUUGUCCAUAUCUAUUAUUACGAAAUUUUAACAUUCGCCAUUCGUCGUAUUUUGAAGUCGCCAGUAGGCGGUCCAUGGGUAUGCCGGUUGCCAUGUGGAAGCUGUGUGUCUUUGAAACAGUCUUCAGUGCAGUUAGUCACCUCUGCAUCGAGUCGUUCCAUAUAUUUGUAAUGUGAAAAUUUAUGAUGUUUUUUUUUUUUGUUGCAUCACUGUCACAGGACAUGCCCGUGGAUGUUGCUCAUGAGCUUUGUUAUGUUGUCAAGUUGACUUAGUCACUAUAGGAGUAAUUAUAUAAUAAUAAUACAUGUCUGUUACUUAGCAUUAAAUCACAGUUUGGAAACCUGCCUUCUGGUCUGGAAUGUUGUGUUUAAAUCGCCUUGUAAGAAAAGUCAUUUACAAGCUGAUGUCAUUUUCCAUCUCUGGACAUUUGAUGUGAAGUCAGAGCAUACAGUGUUACACCUACAGGCCUGACUGUCUGUUGUUUCUGUAAUGCAACAUAUUGGACUGAAAUUGCAGCACAGCUACAACAAACAGCAGUGAUAGCUUGGUCUCAGCCUCGACCCGUUGUCUGAACCUCUCAUGUAUACAUCACACAAACUUAGAAACACUUCAACCUUGGCCCAUAAAAGCUGCUCUGGAAUCCAGACCUUCUGAUGGUCUGGUUGGGCAGGUAGCUUAGCGGCAGUCUGUCCGUCUUUUUGGCAACCUUGGAGUGCAGCAUUUGCUCAUAUUUGGAUUGUCCACUUGUCAUUUUGUCAUAGACACGCUCCCAUCGCUCCUUCACAUCGUCAUAACUCUUUAUGAACAGAGAUUUCUUGGCUCUAACCAUGGCUAAUAGUAACUCUUAUGAGCAUGCCAGCUCUAGGUGAGGAUUUGGGGUCGGAGCUUUGUGUACAUGGGUGGAAAUAUGGGCUCGGCGAGUAAAAAAGAAAAACAAAUAACUGAAAUCUGUCCAUUUAAACCCCACCCCACCCCCACCCCCGCCAUCCCAAAUAGAUUUAACCUGACUACUAAGCUCUGUUCUAAUUUAUUUUUUUUUUUUCCGUCUUUGGAGUUCGAGUGAAGCUCUGAUUAGUCUGCUGUAGUCUGCACACCAUCUUUUCUACUCUUGCUUUCAAGACUUCAGUGAGUUAAUAUGAUUUGCUUUGGUUUUUUAGUAUCGAGGAAGAGAGCUGUGGCUUUGAUGUGGACCAGACACACACACACACAUACACACACAGGCACGCACGCACACACACACACACAGGCAC